UAAAGUGUUCUAUCUCCUGUUUAACGAAAACUGAAAAGUGUCUUAAACUCUAAUUCUCUCUAAAAGAAAGUGUGUGGGAGAGAAGCAUAUCGUCGGUGUCUCCGCCGUCUUAAAUCGACUUUCUCGGAUUUGGAGCGUACGACGAAGUAGAGGAGCAGACAUGUCUGGGUGGUUGUUGAAGAAGGUUCUCAAGGAACACGAAGAAGAAUCCAAACGCCAGAAUCAUCUCGAUGAAGAAGAAGGGGAUCUUGGUGGCCGUUCUUCGAUUAAUCCUUUGGAUCUCUUGAACGAAAGUGAUGAAGAUCCUGACUCCGAAAAGGAGACAGAGAUAGAUGAUGAGGAGAAGAAGAAGCAGGAUGAAUAUGCUGAUAAUGUGCAGCCGCCUACAAAGGAAAGUGCAAGAAGAAGAAGAAGAGCAAAGAGAGUCGUUCUAGUGUGGUGGUGAAGCCGUACAUCACAUUGGAUGAAACUUUAGAAGCGCUCUCUCUCUCUCUCUCGAAGCCAACUCUAAGCAAGGAGCAGUUCAUGGGACAACUGAUUCUGCGAAAAAGCCUUCUUCUUUACGACCAGUGUUGGAAAUAGAUCCCCAAGUAUCUGAAUCUUGAAAACAGAUUUGUGGUUCCACGGUGGUUAGAUCACUUGAGAGUAGCAUGUCAAGGCCGUGGUAGCUCACAUAAGGAAACAUGGAUAGGCGUUGGACACAGACAAUCCAGUUGGUGCGACGCUUGCUAUAGCCAGGGUAGGAAAGCGACGCAGUUGGCCAAAUCAGGUGAUCCGUGCGAGGCUCUGAUCUCAUCAACGUCACAACAACUACUAGAGUUGUGUCCGUUUUCUCAUCAUUGACCCAGUAAGGCCUCAUCAAACCUUUUUUCUUUUAAAAACCUUUUUUCAUAGAAAAUGUUUCGUUACAUACACUCUUUUAUAACUCUAUAUAUAUAUGCCUUUUAUAUCAUAUAUCAAAUAUGAUAUUUCCAUACCUGUGUUUUCGCAUGUUACAAAUAUUCAUUAUUAAUUUAUUAAAAUAUCAAGAAUUACAAAAAAAAAUCGAUUGUUUUAUUACUAAAUUAGUUUUUUUUAUAUGUUUUUUUCUAUUUCCUAAUUUUAAUUUAUAUGAUUAAACUCUUCUUUUUCGGAUAACAUUAUAAUAUAGUAUAUAAUAAUUAUUUAUUAAGGGUAUAGUAUAGAUGGUAAUAGUAAAUACUAUGGAAUGUUGAAUCGUACUAUUUUUAUCUACCAUAGAAAAGUCACAAUAGGUCCAUUUCAUUAAUAACAUAAUAAUCAAUAAGAAUAUUAUAAUAAAUCAAUUCUAACUACAAAUUUGAAUUUAAUUUUAGUUAUAGCAAAAUCUGUUGAGAAAAAUCAAACAAAAUCUUACUAAGCUUUUUAAAUAUUUUUUAAUUAAAUAAUGUUUGAUUAAUUUUGAAAUUAAUGAUAUAAUUUAAAUUAAUAUUAAUUAAAUUUUAUUAUAAAACAAAAAAGUUCUAUGCUAUUUUUUACAAAUUUAUAAUUAUAAUCUGUAUUAUAUUAAAAUAGAAUUAUUAUAUAAAAAAAAUGAAAAAUAUAUUAAACUGGUAAAUUAAUUUAUUUAAUUUUUUAGAAAACUUUUAUAUAAAUAAAUUAUCAUUUACCAUUAAACGGGUUAAAAUAAGUUAACUACAUAAUAUUUUAUACCAAAAUAAAGUUAUUAACAUAUGUUGGAAUUUUAUUUCUACAGCUAUAUAUUUUUUCAAAAAAUCAUAUGUUGAAGAAGAUUCUUAAUUUGAUUACUUCAAAUUAUAUAUUAAUUGUACCAAACUUGAAAAUGUAAUAACAAGGGUAAAAUACAUAAAUAAAUCACUAUAUAUUAAUAAAAUAAUAUGAAACCUAAAAAAUAAGAUUUAAUAGUUAUAUAAUACAUAGCACUAAAAUAUAAAUCAUAUAUUAAAAAAUUGUAUGAUAAUGUCAAAGUUUAUAAAAUGAAAAAAAUGCCUGCGGGUUAAAUUCUAGUAACAAUUAAAGGAUAAAAUGUUCCUUGUUAAAAUACAGCUGAAAUUAGUGAUCCGUAACCUGACCGGUUAUCUUGACUUAACCGACGAAACUUUUCACGAAAUAUCUGAGGAAAAAAAUUGGAAAAUAAUACUCUGAUGAGAUGAAGACACGUGUUUUAAAUUUUAGUCGUAAGGGGGAAUAGGUAUAUAUAAUGUAAUUAAGAGGAGAUAAUAGGGGGUAAAAGCGUCAACUCCGCUACUUGAGCCACACGCAAAUUCAGCUGGUAAUGUAUUUGCCAAAAUCAAAUUCGUUUUUUUCUCCAGUUAAUCCGCGUCUCUCACACACACACUGAACAUAAUUUCAGAUCAGUCUUUCGGAGAUCGGGAGUUGACUACUACCGGCGAGAGGCGAGAGGCGAGAGGCUUUGCUUCGACUUCAAGCGUGUGAUAGUGUUUGUCACUUCGAUUACCUUCGGAAGAUCAAAGGAUCUCGACGUAAGAGCGUUCAAUCGAGUAACCAAUUCCUCCUUUUGAUUAUUUCUCUGAAUUUUUAGAAAUCCGUGAUCGUACAUGCGUGAUGAUUAGGUUUUGGUAGUUCUAUCUUACUCCCGUCUCAGAGCUUAGAUGUUAAAUUCUAAAAAAAAUGAUUCUGUUCUUAUAUUUAUCCAAUUUUAGCUGUUUUAUUGAUAGCUGCGUUGAGAUUUUGAUAAUGUUGUGUUACUUGCUUCUCUCGUUGAUCGGUGCGAUCUAUGCCUCCUUGAUUUGUUUUGCGUUGAUAUUUUGAUGAUGUUGUGUUACUUGCUUCUCUGCGUUGUUAUUUUGAUAAUCUUCAGGAUCGAUCUUAUGGCCGACUCACAACCAAAGACAAACCCUGGAGCACAUCAGGCGCCGGCCUCAUUUCAAAACUUUCCCAUCUCUAGUCUUCAGCUCAGUGACGAUGAGCUGAUCAGUGGCAGGAACGGUAAAGAGAUGGAUGAGAGUCAGAGUCCAGAGAGGAUUGAAGAACCUCCAUCUGCAGUCUUUCCGCAAAAGGUUGCACCACAGAGAGAUGGGAAGGAUGGACCAAAGAAGGUUUUGAGAUCAAAACUGUGGGAAAUAUUGGGGAAAGCUUCGCCAGAAAAUAAUGAAGAUGUCAACUCUGAGACCCCAGAAGUGGUUAAGACAAACUCUAAGUCGUGUCAAGGCAUAAAGAGUUCUCUUAUCAAGCAUAUAACCUCUGAAAUUUCAACCAGAACUACUUCUUUGUCGCAGAGGAUGGUAGGAGCCAAAGGUAUUCGGAAUAGAUCCAUUUUAACUGGUGCCAUCUUAGGUGGCAAAAGCACAGAAGAGUUCACCUCCCAAGGGACAAAAGGCCAAGCGUUAGAUAAGAGAUUUCAUGACUUAGGAUAUUAUUCUUUCGGAAGAGAGAGUUCUCCCGAGCCGAAUGAAGUCUCAUAUGGAGCAAUAGAAGACUCACCUGCGUUGGCCCAUUACAAAGGCCUACAAGCAAGAGAAACUUCAAGUGAGAUAUCUAAGCGAGGCUUUGAUGAUGAAAGGUUCCCAAGUUGGUAUCUUAGCGUCAUCAUUCCACCUAGAUUGGUGGUAUAUGUGUAUAUUCAGAUUCUCAAUGGCCAACCUGCCAUUUUGAAUAACCCUAAUGAUGAUGAUGUUCUUCCUGCUAAUCAAGCUGACCCUGAUCAGCAAGAUCCUCAAGUUGCCAAUGUGGAUUAUCAUCAUAUCCAUCAUAACCACGAUAAUCAUCAAGAUCAACAACCUGAUAUCCCUGGUGAACCACAACUUCCUCCUCAAGAUGGAUAUGACAAUCAAGCUGACCCUGAUCAGUCAGAGGAGUCAGAGGAUGAAGUAAGUGACCAUGAUAAUCAUCAAGAUCAUGGAGAACCUGUUGUUAUACAUGGCCGUGGAGGACGUGGCCGUGGAGGACGUGGCCGUGGAGGACGACGUGGAGGCGGAGAAAUUGGCGGCCGAAGAGGAGGAGGACCUGGCCGUGGAGGACGUGGCCGUGGAGUAGUUGAAGGGCAAGAGCAUGAAUAUGGUGUAUAUGAACUUGAUGAUGAUGAUCUUCUUGCUAAUCAAGAUGACCCUGAUCAGCAAGAUCCUCAAGUUGCUGCUGAUAUCCCUCAUAACCACGAUAAUCAUCAAGAUCAACAACCUGAUAUCCCUGGUGAACCACAACUUCCUCCUCAAGAUGGAUAUGACAAUCAAGCUGACCCUGAUCAGUCAGAGGAGUCAGAGGAUGAAGUAAGUGACCAUGAUAAUCAUCAAGAUCAUGGAGAACCUGUUGUUAUACAUGGCCGUGGAGGACGUGGCCGUGGAGGACGUGGCCGUGGAGGACGACGUGGAGGCGGAGAAAUUGGCGGCCGAAGAGGAGGAGGACCUGGCCGUGGAGGACGUGGCCGUGGAGUAGUUGAAGGGCAAGAGCAUGAAUAUGGUGUAUAUGAACUUGAUGAUGAUGAUCUUCUUGCUAAUCAAGAUGACCCUGAUCAGCAAGAUCCUCAAGUUGCUGCUGAUAUCCCUCAUAACCACGAUAAUCAUCAAGAUCAACAACCUUAUAUCCCUGGUGAACCACAACUUCCUCCUCAAGAUGGAUAUGACCAUCAGUCAGAGGAGUCAGAGGAUGAAGUAAGUGACCAUGGUGAUGAGAAUCAAGCAUAUGAUAACGCUAACGCUGCUGCACAACCACUUCCUCCUCAACUUAUCGUUAACAAUCAAGCAAAUGGUAACGCUAACGCUGCUGCACCACCACUUCCUCCUCAACUUAUCGUUAACUCUGAUCAGUCAGAGGAUGAAGUAAGUGACGAUGAUGAUGAGAAUCAAGCAAAUGGUAACGCUAACGCUGCUGCACCACCACUUCCUCCUCGUGGGGAUCCAGGUUGCCCCCUAAGACCUUUACUUCCUAGGAAUUAUCAUGAACCAAGGCACAUCCCUGUGUUCCGUGGAGGACGACGUGGCCGUGGAGGGGGCCGAAGAGGAGGACGAGGAGGACGAGGAGUACCUGGUAACGUUCACCAAGGUGAGCAUGUACCACUAGUUGAUGAUGCCAAUGUGGCUAACCAGCAAGAGCAGCAAGUUGGUGGAAAUGUCAAUAAUGAUAACCAUGAUCAGCAAGAGGAUGGAGGAAAUGACUAUAAUGAUGCGAAUGGAGCACAUGCUAACGCUAACCCUGCUAUACCACCACUUCCAGUACCCGCACCAGUACCACAAGUUGAUGAUGCCAAUGUGGCUAACCAGCAAGAGCAGCAAGUUGGUGGAAAUGUCAAUAAUGAUAACCAUGAUCAGCAAGAGGAUGGAGGAAAUGACUAUAAUGAUGCGAAUGAAGCACAUGCUAACGCUAACCCUGCUAUACCACCACUUCCAGUACCCGCACCAGUACCACAAGUUGAUGAUGUACCACCACCUCCACCACUUCUUAACUUCAGCUGUUAUAAUACAACAAGACGUCUUGAACAAGAUCAUUGUCAAAAUCCAGAAAUGGAAUGACCAAGCAAAAAGAUGAAUAGAGAUCCAUCGACCAAAUCUCACACUUCUUCAAAGCAUAUCAAGUGCGGCUAGCACCGAUAAUGGCAAAAUCGCCAAAUACUGCUUGCUUCUUUUACCUAGACUUCUUGACAUGCAAAAAUGUAUAAAGACAUGAGCUUUCUCACCAGGAACAAGUUUUCUAACAAGUGGUUUAUCAUUUUGAUUUCUUAGUCUUCUUCUUUUUCCUAGACUUCUUAUUUUGAUUUCAGAUUUUUCUUUUGUUUUUUUAUUUUUAUUUUCAAAAUUUCAAGCCUUGAUUUUAGUUCUAGAUUUGAUGAUUUCAUCUGAAAGUAUAAGCAUUUUUUUUGUUCUUUUAUUUUAAUUCAA